AUGGCAGGAUCCGAGUCUUCUGGCGGCCUGGGGAGCUACCUACCGUCGCUACAGGGCAUUCAGCAGGCGAUCGUUGGCAGCUCGGACACCGACGGGGACGCUGCGCAAAAUGGCGGCAUCCUUCAUAAAGUCACCGAAGCCGUCUACGGAAUGGCAGGCUACGACACAUCGACUGAACAAACCACGUCAAACGAUCCUACUGCCGCCACAGCAGCUUCGACGGAGACUAAAGAGCCAACUGAGCAAUCUGCAGGCACAGCCGCGGAAGCAGACAGGUCAGAUGAUGACAAGCUCGACAAGAGUCUCGCGAAUCACCAACCCCAUCCACUCGAGGGAGUCACACGAGCGCCUGACAAGCAAUCCCUAGAAGCAACUGCAAAACAGACUGACAAAUCACGCAAAGAGCAAGAGGCCGAAUUGGCAAAGGACAAUCGACAAGUCAAGAACACGCUGGACGAUCCGAACUCGAAAGAGGCAAAAGCAUUCGCGACUGCAGGCACGGGUCAACAGGGGCAGGAAACUGCUACAGACGAUCAGGCUCCUCCUCCCCAAGCGGACCCACCUGCACCCGGAUCAGAGCCAGCCAAAGCACCCAAGGAUGUCCAAAAGGAUGCCUCGCCCAAGCAAAGUAUCCUCAGCAAGCUCAAGAGCAAGCUGCUCGCACGCUGGUCAAAAUUAAAGCAAAUGAUAAACUCAGGCACCUCUCAGAUGGCUCAAUUGGCGCAUUUCAAGCUACCGGCCAUCGAGAAUGAGCCCAAUCAACACUAUGAAGCUGGUUCAUCGUCUCGCGCCGGUCUCUUGGCUGCCUUGGCUCAAAUGAGAGCUGCCGCACCUUUCGAGAUACCGUGCAUCAUCAAUGGCAAAGAGGUCAAGACAGGCAAGAAGCAAUCCCAGCUCAUCCCUGCAGACCAUGCUAGCUCGCUGUGCACCUACCACGAAGCUACGCCGUCGGAUGUAGACUCGGCCAUCAAGGGCGCGCUGGCUGCGAAAGUCAAGUGGGAGUCCAUGGCUUGGGCAGAUCGCGCUGCCAUCUUUCUCAAGGCUGCCGACCUUGUCGGCGGCAAGUAUAGAUAUAAGAUCAUGGCUGCUACCAUGUUGGGCCAAGGCAAGAACGCGUGGCAAGCCGAGAUCGACGCUGCUGCAGAACUUGUCGACUUCCUCCGCUUCAGCGCAAAGUACACUGAAGAACUUUAUGCCCAGCAGCCACCCAAGAAUGCACCUGGCGUGUGGAAUCGAUCAGAGUACCGCGCCCUGGACGGCUUCGUGCUCGCUGUUUCUCCCUUCAAUUUCACCGCCAUUGGCGGUAAUCUCGUCGGUGCACCUGCUAUUGUAGGCAACGUCGUCCUCUGGAAGCCUUCGCCCAUGGCAGUCUACUCCAACUAUAUCUUGUAUCAGAUUCUGGAAGAGGCAGGCCUGCCGGCGGGCGUCAUACAAUUCAUCCCGGGACCAGCAGAAGCAAUCGUCGCACAGUCGUUCAAACAUCCGCUCUUUGCCGGUCUGCACUUUACAGGCUCGACUGCAGUCUUUAAGAAGCUCUGGAAGGAUAUUGCCAGCAAUAUCGAGAUCUACAAGAGCUACCCUCGUAUCGUAGGCGAAACGGGUGGCAAGAACUUCCAUCUCGUCCACAAAUCUGCCGAUGUGAAGUCUUCCGUCCUGCAAGCUAUCCGAGGCGCAUUCGAGUAUCAAGGCCAAAAGUGCUCGGCUUUGUCGCGCUUGUACGUGCCUCAGAGCUUGUGGGAAGGCAAGGGCGGCUUCAAGGAGCAGCUCAUCGACCAAGUCAAACUCAUCACCUUGGGCCAACCCGAAGAAUUUGAGCAUUUCAUGGGUCCCGUCAUCGCACGUCACUCGUACGAUAAGAUCACGAGCUAUAUCAAAAAGGCGAAAGCAGCUGGUGGGGAGGUGAUUGUGGGCGGUCAAGCUGAUGACUCAAAGGGCUUCUUUGUGCAUCCGACGGUCAUCGAGACGAAGGAUCCCAAAUCGGUCACCAUGGUCGAGGAGAUCUUCGGACCGGUCAUCACAGCCUACGCAUAUCCUGACGACAAGUUUGAGGAGACCAUCGAACUGGUCAAGGAGACGACAGAUUACGCGUUGACGGGAGCAGUAUUCGCGCAGGAUCGCGAAGCUGUUGCCUACAUGGCCGACAAGCUGCGAAAUGCUGCCGGCAACUUCUACAUCAACGACAAAUGCACAGGUGCCGUCGUUGGCCAGCAACCGUUCGGCGGGUCUCGAGGCAGUGGCACAAACGACAAGGCGGGCAGCAUCAAUCUGCUCUACCGCUUUGUCAAUGCUCGUUCGAUCAAGGAGACUUUUGUGCUUCCGGAGCAGUACCUGUACCCCAGCAACAUGUAG